UUCGAGUAAUCGCGUAAUUAUUUUUCAAAGCAGCCAUAAAUUUACGAGGUGUAUUCAAGCUUAUCGUCAUAUUUCUGCAGCCGUAUUUUCUGUGUUCGCCUGCUUGAGUUGUUAAAUUACCCCUUAGUAGUUUGUAUAUUUAUCAUAUUCACUUCAUAAUUAAUAUAAACAGAAUGGGGAAGCCGUUCUUGAACUAAAAAUCAAAACAAUUCUCUAGCUACAGCCUACAACGAUGUCUGAAAACGUUUGUGGAACCAACCGUGUCGAUAUUUUGGGCGACGACGGCCUUUUCCGCAGCGGACGUGUGGUGGACGUGGCUGAUUACGGGCUGUUUGUUGACUUCCUAACUCCCAGCCGACGACGCGAGUUUACUCCGUUUAGCCGCGUAUUCCAGAAUGCCAUUCCUGAUAAGAAACGGUCGAAACCAUCCCUUUUGGCCGAUGCAUAUACUUACGCCAAACCCGACGUGACCAUUCCCGUGGACGUGCUGAUGCCCGAGACACCCUUCGGUCCGUGGGUCUGGUUUCCCGCAGGGAUUGUCAAUGUGUCGCGUGGCAUUCGCCACACGGAUUGCAGCAUAGCCGUUGUCCAGUGGGUGCAUGGCGUACCGAGUACGGAUCUGGUUUCGUUGGACCGAUUGCGUUGGAAAGUGUCAAGGGAUUGGUGGGCCACUGUAGGUCGGAAACCUCCGGUUCAGCUUCCGUCCUCAGAGAAAUGGCAUGAUGGCGGCUCUCAGUUAAGCGGGCUGACUACUGUGCUUGAGUCAGUUGUACCAGGGGUAUUCGAGAAACAUAGUGUGUCGUUGCCGCAAGACUGCCGCCAUAUAGACGCCGAUAAACUGCUGCAGCACUUGAAUGAAAAGGCGAGCCGGCAAGCAACGUACAACCCCAUCCCGGUAUUUUUCGUCGACGUAAUAGAUGGAAACCUCUCGUACCUGUGGCGCAACCCUCCUAAGGCUCCGGGCCAAGAGACUCCUUCUCAAGUUCUGAGUCGGUUAGAUCGACGCCAUGACGCGCUGUUUUCAACUAUACGACAAAUUAACAGCACUUUGCCCAAAGAAAGUGCGUUCUGUGGGGAGCCCGAGGAAAUCAAUGAUAUCAGUUUAAUAACGUCAGCUGUUUUGCUGGAAGUGUUUUCCCAUUUGGAUACUAGGACGCAGACCGGACUACGCUCCGUUUGUUUUGGGUGGAGCAGCCUCUUGGAAUCACCUUUAUUGACGACCUGCAUCAUUGUUGGAACUUCUCACAAUGACUACCAGGCGAAUCGUAUCCAGCGGCAUUACAUUUUGACAUCACCUAUUUUUAGAUUUUUCUGCAAAUCGACACAACGCAUCGUCAUAGAUGGUCGUCGCGAAAAAGAGAUGAACACAGGCGAUUUUGUGACGGUGACUGAUAUGAUACACUAUAUGGGCCGGAAAACAGAAAGUCGAGUACCAACGAUUUAUGUGGUGGGAGUGGAGUUUGAUCUGCAGUUCGGCUAUACUCUAGAGUCUGAGCAGAAUCGGUAUCGCAGCUGUGAAACGCACCGCGCUGAAGAACCCAUUAAUAUAUACCCCUUCACCUAUCGUCUCGUUGAUUUCAUCGCCGCAUGUAGUGAUCUGCCGUGCGAUACUAUUCAUAUGGUCCGCUGCACGAUGGAAUUGAACUAUGCUGAGUUAGAGGAUUGGAAGGAAAUUCAGUUGUGGGUCGACCUGUCCGGGAUUCGGUUGCCGAUGAGGAGGGAUAUGAGCAGCGCAGUAUGGGAUGAAAUGGAGAACGACGUACCGAUGCCGAGCAGCGAGGAGCUCGACACCUUGUCCGGCUGGUUGACAUUUAUCGGUAGGGAAAAAGUUAUGCGUCGUGAGAGAGGAUUGGCCUGCAGGACCCUGUGCGCAACGCAGACAGCUGACCCGCGUCCAUCCGCGCAUUACCGCGGCAAAAAGUGGUGCGCUGACGGCUUGCGGGCUCUUCAAUGCGCUGACGGCUCGGGGCAUCUGCAGUUGAAGAAACUGUCUUCAAUUGCACUGCAUUUCUUAGCCGAAAUGGCUGAGUUCUGGAUGAACCCAGACGAUUCAGACAACUUCUACUAUAAUUCCGACUCAUCGGACUGAUGACCUGAUCGAGGGAAGUUGCCGAACGGAAUAUUUGUUACAGUAGGCUAGUAGCGACGAUUUAAAGUUCAUUUCUAUGGUUUCGUGCCGUUUCUUUCCGCUGAAACAUACAUGAUUUACAUCGUCGUGACGACGUCGUCCCGUUUAUUUUGGAUGCUAUAUUCUGACAUGGCUGAGCGCGGCAGUGUAUCCUGAUUGUGAACAAAAGUUAUCAUUACUCUCAAAGAGCGGAAUUAGCGUAAUUGUAACGACAGCAUUAACAGUUAUAAAUACAAUACAUUGAUUUUUAUGUUUUUCUGAUCACGGAUAGGUAAAUUUAAUAAUCUUGCGUCGGUGGGCAAUGCGGAGAUGAUUCCUUCAUUCAUUCAUUCAUUCAUAUAUCAAGAGCAGACAACCGGUUAACGGGACUUCAACGUCUGCUCGGUAAAAAACAGCUAAAGGUUAACAACAAAAAAGAGAUUAUUCGAACAGAUCGACCGUUUUCAGAGCAAACUUAAAGAAGCCAACACCGCUAACAUUGAGUAUCUCCAUAUUAAUUUUUUGAAUCCGCUCAAUGAUACAAUACAUAA